UGUCAGGGCCUCCCCCAGCCUGAAGGCAGUGACCUCAGAAUGGACACCGCCGCCGGAACUGACGUGUAAUCUACAUCCGGCCGUCCUGAUUCUCACCGGAAGACGCUGUUAGCAGUGCUCGCUGUUAUCGAUGUUCAGUUAAUAUUCAAAAGAAUUUUCUGGGAUGGAGCCCAAGCCUUCCAGGAAAUCCACAAGAUUGCCUGUUGAAGGACACAACUCUUUACCUGUGCCGCCUUCAGGAACAAAAAUUUUAUACGAGAGUAGAUCAAAUGGCCUGGGUGACUUGUAUGCAACAAGAGACACUCCAAAUAAAAUUGAAAAUGAAAUUCAGGAGUCUCAAUUGCAUCAUAAUGCCCGUGGAGACUUUCCUAUAUCUGAACCAGAAUGCAGUGAAUAUCAAUUGAAACUAUCAACUACCACUUCAGCGCACAACUCAAGAUCUGAAAGACCAUGGCCUGUGGGUUUUUCGGGAAACAGAAUGUUCUCCACCUCUGAAGGUUGCCAUUUGUCUGCACCUUUGCAGUCUACUUUAUAUAAUGAAACAGAGAGACUUCCAGGAGCAUCUUCAAGAUGUUUAACACCCCAGAAUGUUGAUUCCAAGAGGCCUAAACUUGUGUCAACUUAUUCUCCUAGAAAUGGUGCCGAUUGUGAGAGAAACAAUUCAGAUUCGAUGUGGAGGUGCUCUCAGUUUCCAAGAUCAUCAGCUGUGCAAUUCAAUUCAACAUCUAGAGGUGAAACUAUCUUCAGUGAAGGAAUCGAGAUGGAAAGGAGAACAGAGUCUAGUCCUGAAGAAGGUGUUGAAAAUAGAAUUCUAUCCACUGCACAAGGCGCAAGGCCAAGGCUUGGUUCUUUGAGACACACCGCAUCAAAUCUAAGUGAAUUACACUCUCCUCCUUCAGAGAGCCGAUCUGUGUUCUCGAGAGAUUCUAGCAGAAAUUCUUCCAGGUCCUCUAAUAACAGCACUGCCUUUUCAAACAUUGAAGUGACACCACAAAGAAGUACAGAAUGUGGUUUUAUUCUGAGUAGAGCUGGCUCUGGAACUUCGGAAUCAAUAACCUCACAAAGGAGAAAUAUGUCUGUGUUGCAGCCAAGAUCACCAAAUGACUUUGCAUCAGAGUCUAACAGCAGAUGUAGACCUAGACAGCUAUUGUCCCGUCUGGCAUCCAGUAUGUCUUCAACUUUCUCUAGCAACCGGAGACCUAACCAAGGGCAUUCAAAUGUAAGGUCUUUUGAAGCAGCAUGUUCCAUUGGUCAUUCAACCGACAUUUCAUUAGGUGGAAGACAAAAUUUCGCACAAGCUAAUGGCUCUGGCAGGCGUGAAGCUACCAAUUUUUCAAAUAAUCGAUCCUCUGAAUCUUCUCAGGGAUUUGGAUUUUUGAGAUGGAGACGACUAGGAGUAUCAAACAUUUCACAGUCUCAAAAUGCUAAUGAUGGUGUAGAGAGUUUGCCAAACUUGAGGCAAGAUGAUUCAGAAUAUAGAAAUACUGCUUCGUGGUUAUCAUCUUCAUUACGAAACAGAUGCACCCCUCUUUUCAACAGAAGGAGAAGAGAAGGAAGGGAUGAAACUGCAAGAAUGGCUGCCACACCUAGUAGUACUAUAAAUGAAGCCAGAGUAGAACAGCCAUCAGUCCUCCAAAGAGAAGUUAGAAUGUUUGAAAACUCAAGCAGGGAACAAUCAAAUGUUACCCAAGGUGCUACUGCAGCUUCUUCAGGGGCUUUGAGCUCCACCUUUUGCACUCCAUCUGUACCAGAGAGCCCUCGAGGUCAAAGUACUUCAGGAAUUGCAGGGAUAUUCCCCAAUUCUGUCAUUCGCCUUUCUAUGCCAUAUGGCCUUGGAGAUGAAUUCUCGGAUAAUAUACUGAUAGCAGUUGACUUCGCAAACCAUGUAAAUACUCAUCAAGAGAAACAGAAAACUGCAAGUGCAUCUAAGGACCCAGAAAAACUCCGAAAAAUACAGGAAAGCUUGCUUUUAGAGGAUUCUGAUGAUGACGAGGGUGAUAUCUGCCGUAUUUGCCAAAUGGGAGCUGGAGCUACGACACCUCCAAAUCCUUUAAUACAGCCAUGCAAUUGUACUGGUAGCUUGCAAUAUGUUCAUCAGGAAUGCAUGAAGAAAUGGUUGCAAUCAAAAAUAAAUUCAGGUGCUGAUUUGACUGCUAUAACCACCUGUGAAUUGUGUAAAGAGAAGCUGCAGCUGGAUUUUGAAGAUUUUGACGUUCACGAAUUGUAUAGAACACAUGCAGAUGAACAGGCACAAUAUGAAUUCAUCAGUUCUGGUCUCUACCUUGUUCUGUUACUUCAUCUGUGUGAACAGAGAUUUUCUGACAUGGUGGGUGGCACAAGUGAAUCACGGACUAGACUUCGGUUCAUCCAUCUGGCAAGAACCCUUCAGCAGCACAUACAAGAUCUUGAAACCACAGAUGAAGAUUCUGAAGAGGAGCAGGAUAGCUUUGACAGCAGUAGAAUACCAGGCGAUUCUGCUUAGUGGACUCUCAGUGGGACUUGUAAAGCACAAAUGGAAUCAGUGCAGCAGCGAGGAAAGCCCCUUUAGUAUUCAAGUGGCUAAACAUUGUAUUCAUAUUUCAAUUUUGCUGUUUCUAGAAAUUGCUAGUGGAGCAUCAUCAAAGAAUAAUACUAAACAUUAAGUGCAGUUUCUAAGUUUUAUGACUGCAUUCAAGUAAUGAGGACAUGCAUUAUAAUUUGAGAAAAUAACAAUUAAGCAAAGCUUUUUAUAAAUUAGCAUUAGAAACUAAGCAGCAAGGCAACACACCGUAUAUAUGUAUAAUCUACUUUUUACUUUUAAUAUUUUGUCUCACUGAGUCUGGACAUAAAGAAUUUGCAGCAGAUUAUUCAGGUCGGAGUUGCUUUGAUGAAAUUUGACCGAGGAGCUCUGAAUUCCAGAAUUUUGCAGGAAAUGCAAGAAGCAUAGGUUAUGUUUUGUUAGAUUUUGUUAGAAAAUUCUGUUAAAAUUCUUACUUUGUGCAAGUGUGUUUCCUUUCAUGAGUAUAUGCACCUGUCAAAUAAGGAUCUUGCUGCAGUUUUAAAUCAAUUGGUCAGACUUUUUUGUUGGGCCUGAGUAGUACAUUGAGUGCAUUUCAUUUGAAUGUCAUUUACCAAAAUUUUUUGAGAUCCAGGUAAAAUUAUCUGCCUUAUCAAAACAUAGGAUGUGGUGAAUAAAGUAAGUUUUUGUUCAUAAAAUUAUUAAAGAUAUGAAGUUUUAAAAAAUGAA